CCGUUUGAUUAUUCCGGGAUAUCCGGGAUGGAAAUUGCAGGCCCUGCUGGAGCUUAGGAUAUGGGGCAAAAUCACGGCCCGCUGAGGCAAACCCUAAAACGGAGGAAGCCCUGGGCCGGCCCCGGGCGCGCGGGCACCCGCCGUCCGAUGGGCGCAUCGGACGGCGGGCUCCGGUACGGUUGUAGGGCACGGGUGCAGGACGGGGCGAGAGCGUGGCGAGCGACGACGGGCGGGGAGCGCCAUCAGCUCUGGAGGGGAGGUGGGGGUGGGGGUGGGUGGUGGUGGUGCGGGAAGGGCAGCGGGGUCCAGGGGGAGGGGAGGGUGGGGGGAGGCAGUAGGGAACAUCCAUGAGGAGUAGCGCUCGCAUGAGGGGAAUUUUCCACUAGUGCGUCCGUCCGCCAUAGCCAAGUAAGAAGAGGUAGCGAGGAAUGGGAGGGAUCGGACUCGUUGACGUCAAGACUUUUUCAUUGAGCUUCCGUCCUUUUUUUCCCUCCUACAGCCUGCUUUACUAACUUUCCUAAUCCAUCAUUUGCUCUCCUCUCCUUCUUACCCGUUUUUUACUUUCCGCGUCUCAACUCCCUCCUCUUUCUUCCUCAUUCGGCCGCCUUAGGUCGCGAUCGUUAGCGUAGACGGGGUUUUUUCGCAAUUUUCUUGUCGAGCGUAGGGCAGAAGUGGUGUUAGGUUUUCGAGAUCAGGAAGCUUAAGAAAUAUUUUAAAUCGGUAGAGGUUUCACGUAUUUUUGUUUCUGGCUGGAGAUCGUAAUUGCGACCGGUUUGUGCAAAAUUGUUUGUUUCGAUCGAAUAGGUCGUGCUCGAGGGCUUCGUCGAUUGUGGGACGAGGUGUCAGAGCUGGCGCUCGAAUUGUAUAGGGCAGUAAUCCACAGGUCUUCGUAAGUGAGAUCGGAUUUUGAUAUCUCAGUUCACCUUGAGAGGAAGGCCGCCUUGUCAAAGUGUAUUCUCUUGGAGGCUCAGCCCAGCUCCUGGCAUCGAAGGUGGUAACCUAAUCGCCAGUGUACAGUGGAGUGGAGUAUCGAGGUUGUGUAGAGCGGGGAGCAGUUCGACGCUGUAAUUUCCAACGCGUUCGUGGCUUCUUUCCGAGUUUAUCUUGCUUCACACCGGUGCAUUGACCAUAACUCAUCUUUUCUUGGAGGGCGUGUAUAUUUUCUCCGGUUUGUUGCUGAGUUUUUUACUCUGUAUCCCUCGAUCGAGCUUAAAUUUCUUGCAGCCGGGACAGCACAUUGAGUUUUACAGAGUACCUUGGGUUUUCCAGAGAGUAUAUUGUUGCUUGAUUUCUUGCAAGGUUCCGUACGCACUCUCGUCUCUCUGUUCCCGCCUCUCUGUUCCCGCGGAGGUAAUUUGGGCCGUAACAACAGGGUCUCAUAUAUUUCAAUUGGGCGGACAGCCUACAGCAGUUCUUGAUCGAGCAUAUUCUGGGAGUUCCGGCUUUGCGAAGUUUGCCUCAUCUCUAGUGCGCGACUCACGGAGCAUGAACUAGGUUUGCACUGGGUUAGCGGAGAGCACUUUGCAGCAGGCAGAUUAUUUUCAAUGCAGACGUAGCAGGCCGUACCCUUGAUGCAGCAGUGCGCCGAGGUCUCUCAGUUUUUCACUCCGCGUUGAUUUCGAAUCAAGAAUAAGUCGCACAAUUGUCCGAAUUGAAAGCGACAUCUGCAUCGGAGGAAAACCCAAAUAUUGAGAGAGACAGUGCUAGCUUCUAGAGCUGUGCCUCAGCUUAAGCACAAUGUUCGGAGUAUCGAGAUGGGCAUAGAUGCCCAAGUGGUAGAUGCACAUCAGGGUGCGGAACGAGGGAAAUCUAGCUUUUAUUCAAACAUUUGCAACGGGCCAUGCAAGAGUUUGUUUCUAGGUUAUAGGAAAUAGCGACAUAAAUGGCGACCGAGAGUCCUGUUAGAAUGCUGUCAGGUGGGGGAAUCAGGAGUGGAAUUGGGCCUAUGAGUGAUGGCCUCCGAGGCGCUGGUGCAGGUGGGCAUGGUACUUCACCUGCUCGAGAUGGUGUUGCCCAAGAACUCGGAUUGUUGUUCAAAGGGCAACAGAACCGAUCUCGAUUCGAGAACGUGUUUAGUGGUACGAGGGAUGUGCCUCAGCGAAGCGGGAGUGCGCCACCGAGCGUGGAGGGUUCCCUAGCUGCCAUGGGCGGCCUAUUUGCUCACCAUCCUGGUCCUCCCAGCCCCAGGUCGGCUAAUCGUAUUGCCAAACAAGCGGUUGAGAGCGCUGGCAUGGAGAGUGAGCAGGAACUGCGAUCAGAUCCAGCAUAUUUAGCCUAUUAUUAUUCGCACAUUAACUUGAAUCCGAGGCUUCCAACCCCGCUUAUUUCUCGAGAGCACUGGCGUCUUGCGCAACAACUCAAUUCGAACUCCAGACAACUUUUGGGUGGCAUUGGGGACAAGAGGAAAGUCAGAUCUGCUGAUGAUAACAACAGCAAAUCUUUGUUCUCAACGCAACCAGUGUUGCCAACGCACAGGGAGGAGCCAGAGCCUUUGGAUGAUGAUAACUCUCCUCUUGAAAAUCUGGCCAGGCAGAGCUCGAGCGAAUGGCUGGAAAGAGGUGAUGCCAUGAUGGGACAUUCUAGUAUGGGUAUGGGAGCACGACCGAAGAGUCUGGUGGAUCUCAUUCAAGAGGAUUUUCCGCGAACCCCUUCUCCUGUCUACAAUCAUUCCCGUUCUUCAAGUCGAGCAGCCAAUGAUGAGGGAGAUUCUUCAAAUGUCCUGGAUUCACAAUUGACUCACAUGCGUGAACCCUCUAUCACAGCAGCUGAGUUGCAGGCCGCUGGACUCGGCUCCCGCUCAACGACACCUAUUCCACAGAUGAUGGGUGGGCAGAAUUCGUCUGGGCAGGGGACUUCUCUUCCAUUGGAUUCUCCAAUCGGAAGCAGGUCGGUCAGUCCCGCCCCGGCAAUGAUGGGAAACACGGGGUUAAUGGACUCAAGAGGUGUCUCUCUCAGUGGCGCAGCUACGGCUGCAGAAUUGGCUGCAGCACUUCAAGGAUUUAGCCUUGCAGACGUCCAGGGAGUCGCCGAAGAAAGAGAACAAUUACAUCAGCAUCAGCAGCUGCAGCAAGAGAUAAGGGAUCAACAGCAACAUCUCCGACUCCAGCAGCAGCAGCAGCAACAACAACAACAGCAGCAACAACAACAGCAACAGCAGCAACAGCAACAACAGCAGCGUCAGCAGCGACAGAUUGCGCAAGCCCAAGCACAGGCCGCCCAUUCUCAGGCUCAGCUUGUGUACAGUCAAGCAUUACAGCAGCAGCAACAACAGCAGCAACAGCAGCAGCUGUAUGCAGGACUGGAUCCUUCUUCUUACAGAGGGCAGGUUAAGUUCAAUGUUCCUACUCAACAAGCUCCAGCUGCGAGUUUGCAACCUGCAUUGCAAGCUGGACCUGCUGGACCCAUGUAUGCUGCAGCAGCAGCUGCGAUGUACUCCAUGGCCGCUGGCAGUCCGUACUUCCAAAAUAUGCAUUCUGCAGUGUAUGCCCCACAAUAUGGACUCAGCGGGUAUCCAAUGAAUCCAACCUUGUUGGCUCCCAUGAUGGCUGGUUACCCAGCGCCUGUUGCUUUUGACAAUGCCGCUGCUGCUGCAGCCGUUGCAGCCAUGGGAGGAAGGGGAACUGUUCCAGGCUCUCCAGCACAAAGCGCGCUUGAUGUUCAGCAGUUAUACAAAUUCGUGGGGCAAGGAGGAACUGGGCUGCCACCCCCAAUUCCUGAACCCAUGUAUCUGCAGUAUGUACGUGCAGCAGAGGAGGUCAGGGCAGCUGCAGCUCUAAGUGAUCCGACACAAGUGAUGAGAAAUUAUAUGGGAGGCGCACACGUGGACAUGUUGGAGUUGCAAAAGGGGCAGUUGAACGCUAUGCUCGGUUACACUCAGGAACAAAAGUCCCAAUACGCUAGAAGUGGGGCUAUAGGCCUACCGAUUGCCAGUAAAAGUGGCUCCGUCAGUCCAGCCUAUUAUGGGAGCCCGCCCAACGUUGGCCUCGUUAUGCCUUACCCCAAUUCUCCGAUGGCCAGUCCGGUGUUGCCUGGUUCUCCAGUUGGUCCUGGAAGUCUGUCUAUACGAAGGGAGGACCGAAGCCUCCGCCUUACUUCUGGAGCUAGUAGAACUAAUUCUACUGGUGCAGGAACCUACGCUGGAUGGCAAAACCAGACUAGGAGUGAAACCGGUGACGAGAGUCGAGGGUCUUCCCUGUUGGAGGAGUUCAAGAACAGUAAAACCAGGCGUUUUGAGCUCUCUGAUAUCGCCGGACAUGUUGUUGAGUUCAGUGCUGAUCAACACGGGAGUCGUUUCAUACAACAGAAACUAGAGACAGCAAGCCCUGAAGAGAAAGCCAUGGUUUUCCAGGAAGUUUUGCCGCGAGCUUUGACUCUCAUGACGGAUGUGUUUGGAAACUAUGUUAUUCAAAAGUUUUUUGAACACGGAACCCCACAACAGAGAAGAGAUCUGGCCAGUCAAUUGGUCACACAUGUUCUUGCGCUGAGCCUUCAGAUGUAUGGCUGCAGAGUGAUACAAAAGGCGCUGGAGGUUGUGGAUGUAGACCAGCAAACACAGUUGGUUUCUGAGCUCGAUGGGCACGUUAUGAGAUGUGUCAGAGACCAAAAUGGCAACCACGUGAUUCAGAAGUGUAUCGAAUGUGUCCCUCCAGACAGAAUUCAUUUCAUAAUAUCUGCGUUUUACGGUCAGGUGGUUGUGCUUUCCACGCACCCAUAUGGCUGCCGAGUCAUCCAGAGAGUGCUGGAGCAUUGCACCGAUGACCAGAAGCAACGAGGAAUAAUGGAAGAAAUUCUACGGUCAACUUGCAAUCUUGCCCAAGAUCAGUACGGGAACUAUGUUGUGCAGCAUGUUCUUGAACACGGGAGAGCACACGAAAGGAGCGACAUCAUAACUAAGUUGGCGGGCCAAAUCGUACAGAUGAGUCAACACAAAUUUGCUUCGAAUGUAGUUGAAAAGUGCUUGGAAUUCGGGGGACCUGCUGAACGCCAAAUUUUGAUUAACGAGAUGCUUGGCCUCACAGAUGAGAACGAGCCUUUGCAGGCAAUGAUGAAAGACCAAUUCGCGAAUUAUGUCGUGCAAAAGGUACUCGAAACUUGCGACGAUCAGCAGCGAGAGAUGCUGCUCUCUCGCAUCCGGGUGCAUUUGCAUGCCCUCAAGAAGUACACUUACGGGAAACAUAUAGUUGCACGAGUUGAAAAGCUUGUUGCUGCCGGGGAGAGGAGGAGUGCCAGUGCAGCUUAUAACUUGGCCCACAUGCCGUCAUCAUGAGGAGAUUUGAGCUGUGUACGGAUGGAAGUGAGGGCUUGGCUAUGUCUCUCCUGCAAGAGCUGAGGCGCAGGCUUCCAUCUAUUUGGGCGAAGUUGUGAUUGAGCAGGGGUGGGAGAAGAGGCAUGGUUUCGUUUCUCAACAGUAUAUAGUGUAUUAGUGUAUCAUUCUGCCCAACUUGCCUAUAAGAUGAAGGGAGCCUGUUUGUGCCUGGAGGUGGGAGGGUUUGAUGGGGUGGGGAGAGGGUGUUGCAGCUUGUACCGGAAUGUAUCUUCAAUAGUCUGUUUGUGGUUCGUGUAAGUAAUGGCUCCUUCAAGAGGGUAGCUGGUGUUGUGGAGAUUUCAAAUGUCUUAGCUUCUGGCCUUAAAACUCACCCUCUUCAGAGGGUGAAAAAUUAUCUAGUAACGGAGUGGGGUUAAUGGCAGGGUAGGAAGCUUUGUGUGUGUCCAGUAGAAAUUCAUGGCGGCAGGAGUAGCUGUAACGGGCAGUGUAUAAAGUGAGGGUGUCUAUUUCCAACUGUACAGACUCACAGAUGUAGGUGUCAUGGUGGCAAGAGCAUUGGGUGAUCAAUUAGGGGAUCAACUGGGCUGCCUUUAAGUUAUAUGAAGGGGAUUUCGCCCCUGCUGUUCAUGGUGCAGGUGAAGGGGCCUGGAUAUAAUGUGUGCAGUGGGAGCCUGCAUAGGCUGUACAUAGGGCUCGUCCUAUUGGAUGGGCUGCUACUUGCUCCGCUUUGGCAGUGAUCGUCCAACUUGUUGUUGCCCACUGCAUGUGGUUCCUCGUGCCACAAGUUUUGCAUUGCUCUGUUCAAUGUAGUGCAUGUCCCUUUGAAAUAUAAUUUAUUGGCAAGUUUCUACAGCAGCCCAAUCUUCAAAUACAGCAAACCCGUCAUACACAUUGACUCUUUCCCUGCUCUUCUCGCUUGAUGAAGUGGCAUUGUAAAUUUCAGUUUAAUGUUUGAAUCAUCACUGAUGUUAAUUUUA